CGAACCCAUAAAAUGAAUUCAGACUCCAGCCCGAGCAGCAGAGCCUCUUCCCCGGACAUGGACGGCAUGUUUCUCCGAGACCACCACCCGCUCCACCACCACCACCACCACCACGUCGGCUCCUCCGUGUCCUCGUCCACGCAGGGCGGCGAGCAGCAGCGCCAGAAGAUGAGCGCCGGGGAGCACCUGCGCUCCGGAGGCGGCAAGUCGGUGGGCAGCAGCAGAGACAGUGACAGCAACAAGUUCAAGCUGAAGAAGCAGGUGACGGAGGAGGAGAUGUACCACCUCCGGCUAAAGAUCAACGGCCGCGAGCGGAAGCGCAUGCACGACCUCAACCUGGCCAUGGACGGCCUGCGCGAGGUGAUGCCCUACGCGCACGGGCCCUCGGUGCGGAAGUUGUCCAAGAUCGCCACGCUGCUGCUCGCCAGGAACUACAUCCUGAUGCUCACCAGCUCCCUGGACGAGAUGAAGCGGCUGGUGGGGGAGAUUUACGGCGGGCAGCACUCGGCUUUCCACUGCGGCACCGGCGGACACUCCGGGGGCCCCGCCGCCGCUGCGGCCGCCGCAGCAGCCGCCGCCGCCGCCGCGCACCAGGUGCACCCUCUGCUCGGGAGCGCGCUGACCUCCUCCACGUCCUCCACCCUGACGAGCGCGCUGCCGGGACUCACGUCCAUCCGAGCGCCACACCCCCUGAUGAAGGGCGCCCCGGCUGCGCCCCCGGCCCUGCAGCUGGGCUCCGGCUUCCAGCACUGGGCCGGCCUGCCGUGCCCCUGCACCAUCUGCCAGGUGCCCCCUCCUCCACACAUCCCCGUCACCUCCACCGGCCUCACGAGACUUACAGCGGAGGGCAAGGACGGGAUGAAAUGAUGGCGUGCGCGCAGAGACUGACGUGAAGUUUGUAAAUAGAGAAUUCAGGGCAGGAGGGUGGACUCGGCCUCACCGCUGCAUGUUGUUGUUUAGUCUGUUUUCUUGUUUGGCGUAUGAGAAAAAAAGUGUUAUUUCCCUCCUUGUAACAAGGACUUCUAAAGACUGACUCUGCCAACAGAAGGUAAAAAGUACAAAGUGUGAUGAAGCAGCAGUGAAGCUGAGAGAAGCUGCAUGAACAACUUCUCAUCUCAUUUGACUUUAUUCCUUUUUUUUUUUUUUUUAAAUCAGGCGUCAUUUUGUGAAAACGAAGAAUGCUCUCUGUGCCUUGUACCAAGGAUUAAAAAAAAAAACUUGAGUUGUAUAUGAAAAUAAUGACAUUUAUAUGUUUUGGCUGGAAAAAAAAAAAAGAUACUGCCACUGCGGGAAUUUGAUUUUAAAAAGAAAUCUAAGUUUUUUAGAUUGAUUUCGUGGCUCGCUGUCUGUCCACGUGUGCUCUGAUUUCAUAUUUUGUUUUUAUUUUGUUUCGGUUUUGCAUGAUGGUAUAAUUAUCACAGCAUGAUUGUUUCUUUUUUCUUGUUUUUUUUUUGUUUGUUUUUUUGUUUGUUUUUUUUUUGUUGCUGAACUGAACUUGUUAU